AGCCCUCUACAGGGACGUCAUGCAGGAGACCUAUGAGAUGGUGACCUCGCUGGGAUUUCCCCUUGCCAAACCUGAGCUUAUCGCCCGCCUGGAGCAAGGGGAAGAGCCGUGGGUGCCCGAUCUCCAGGCCUGCGAGGAAAGAAGGCUUCCAAGAUGCACCCAUACAGAAGGUGCUGAGCGAGGGAAUGAGAAUGAGGAGGAGAAUCAUCAUCAGGAAGUUCCUGGAGAAGUGCAACCACAGGCGACCUUCGUGGGAGGAGCUGAAGGGAAAUGUUUCAGUCCAAAGUCAGCACAAAAGUCACUUAAGAAAAGCCACACUGUAGAAAGGCCCCAUAAGUGCUUGGACUGUGGGAAAAGUUUCAUGCAAAGGUCAGACCUUGUUAAACAUCAGGCAAUACACAGAGGAGAGAGACCCCACAAGUGCUUGGACUGUGGGAAAAGAUUCAAACAGAGGUCAAACCUUGUUCACCAUCAGGCAAUUCACACAGGAGAUAGACCCUACAAGUGCUUAGACUGUGGGAAAAGUUUCAUGCAGAGGUCACACAUUGUUAAACAUCAGGCAAUCCACACAGGAGAGAGACCCCACAAGUGCUUGGACUGUGGGAAAAGUUUCAUACAAAGGUCAGACCUUGUUUGUCAUCAGUCAGUCCACACAGGAGAGAGACCACACAAGUGCUUGGACUGUAGGAAAAGUUUCAUACGAAGGUCACACCUUGUUUGUCAUCAGUCAGUCCACACAGGAGAGAGACCCCACAAGUGCGUGUACUGUGAGAAAAGUUUCAUAAGAAGGUCAGAAUUUGUUUAUCAUCAGGCAGUCCACACAGGAGAGAGACCCCACAAGUGCUUGGACUGUGGGAAAAGUUUCAUACGAAGGUCAGAAUUUGUUUAUCAUCAGGCAGUCCACACAGGAGAGAGACCCCACAAGUGCUUGGACUGUGGGAAAAGUUUCAUACGAAGGUCAGAAUUUGUUUAUCAUCAGGCAGUCCACACAGGAGAGAGACCCCACAAGUGCUUGGACUGUGGGAAAAGUUUCAUACAGAGGUCAGAGCUUGUUAGACAUAAAGUAGUCCACACAGGAGAGAGACCCCACAAGUGCUUGGACUGUGGGAAAAGUUUCAUGAGAAGGUCAGACCUUGUUUGUCAUCAGUCAGUCCACACAGGAGAGAGACCCCACAAGUGCUUGGACUGUGGGGAAAGGUUCAUACGAAGGUUAGACCUUGUUUGUCAUCAGUCAGUCCACACAGGAGAGAGACCCCACAAGUGCGUGGACUGUGAGAAAAGUUUCAUAAGAAGGUCACACCUUGUUCGACAUCAGACAAUCCACACAGGAGAGAGACCCCACAAGUGCGUGGACUGUGAGAAAAGUUUCAUAAGAAGAUCACACCUUGUUCGACAUCAGGCAGUCCACGCAGGAGAGAGACCCCCACAGGUGCUCACUCCGUAGGUAAACAUUUAGACUGAGAUCGGCCCUGGUUAAACACCAGAAAAUCCACACAGGAGAGUGACUGUGUAAGUGCUUGGACUGUGGGAAAAGUUUCACAUGGAGAUCAGACCUCAUUCAACAUGGGAGAAUCCACACAGGAUCUAAACUUCUGUGACACAUGACAAAAAGGGUUAAGCAGCUUUCAUGUAAUUGACUCAGAUCAGGCCUUGUUACACAUCAGGGAAAACUAAAUCCUCAGUACCACUUCGAGGGCCGGCUCCAGGCACCAGACGAGGAAGCACGUGCCUGGGGGGCGGCACUUUUUGCUUGGGGUGGCAAAAAGAGCUUGAGCUGGCCCUGAUCACUUCAAAGUAAUCUUAUUGAGAGCGGCAACAGUUCCUCAGUACCUCUCUGCAUUUGAUUUUGUUACAAAAUCAAUAAGUUCGGAUGGCAUGAGCCCCAGAGGGACAGACGGUUCCACGGGCAGCUCUCCUUCGAUACCCCAUUAGAGAUUUCAAAAGGUCUCUUACCUCUUGAUUGGCGCCUUGGGGUUCGAAGGGGAACAGUCCGCAGUAGCUGCCGCUGGCUGAGCUGGGCGUUACCAUCCGAGUCACGGCAUCAAUAAUUGUGGAAGAAAACAGAGUUUUUACUUUUAGGUUGGUUGUAACAAAUCAGAGAAAGUUUAUUCUUAAGCAGUUGCAAGAGGGGAACUGCACACCCGAGCAGGGAAUCUCUCUUACUGCAGGUAGGGCUCCAAAUAUAAACAGUUGGAGCAAGACUUUCUACCUUUUUUUUAAAUCGACAAUAAUGAUUAUACAUGAACAACCUUGCCACUUGCUGAAACCAGAAAACUGGAUCUACAUAAAGGUCCAUCAGCGAAAGACCGCCCUGGCUCCACGCUGGAAAGGCCCUUAUCAAGUCCUGCUGACUACCAACACCGCUGUAAAAUGCCAAGAACUGACUGCCUGGACCCGUGCUUCUCACUGCAAAAAGGCCUCUCCACCUCAAGAGCACUUUACGACUGAUGAUCAGCCUGUUUCUCCUUCUGGUGCUGCUGUUUCUUUUGGGCAGCAGAAAAAAAGGAUAAGAUAAAAUGCUAGUAACCUCUCCCUUGUCCACUGACAGAACUACCAUGCAUUUGGCUUGUGCUGAAAAACCUAAAGCAUUACAGGGUGAUGUGCUAGUAACCUCUCCCCUGCAAAAUGCUAAACCACGACUGUGCCAAGAAAGAAGAAGGAACACUUGCUCUACUGAAACCACCAAAGCCCAGUAUCCUGCUGGGUCCGUGGGAAAAAUGCAUGUGGGAUUAAAUAAUUCACCAAAACAUAUGGGAAAUUAAACGACCUGGUAUUCCUAACCGAUUUCUAGUCAGUGCUCCUGGAAUAACCCCCGACAUUUAAAUAAAAAUAGGGAAUCAGUGGACACUUUGGCCUUUAGAACCCCCACAGCUUCAGCGUGUACAAAAACUGAAGCCAGGGGAAGUUGUCACUGUUCAUGACAACGUUUGUUGGAAGGGUAAGGGACAAAAAACGACCCUACAGAACACCUGCUUUUCCAAGCUAAUAAUAGCCGCGUGUAUGUUGUAAGAGAAAACUUCAAUAGGACUCAUAUUUCUCCCAGGCCUCUAUUUAUCCAAGGUAAGCUAACUGCAUAAGUGAGUAGGAGGGCUGGAGAAGGUGGACAAGAAAGAAACUUUCCAAAGGAGAAGGAGUGUUAGAAAAGCCAGUAACCGCAAGAGGACAACCUGUGAAUAACAGGAAAAGCUUCUUUUGCUAUAUUCUUAAGAAGGCUUGUUUUUGAUAAACUUCUAAGUUACUAAUAAGGUUUGGAAAAGUGGGUGUGUAACUGUUUGUGGUUUUAAGCUUUAAGGCUCCUUGUUAUCGGGAGAGCUACCAGCAUAUGCUUGAAAUAAAGAAGCCUCAGGCUGAUCUGAUUCAAACACAACACGUGGUUAAUUUUCCACCCCAAUGUCAAAGCCACCACUUUGCAAGACAUACGUUUUAAUCUGACCACUGCUGCAAUAGAGUUCUACAGUCAGCCCUGAGAUUCCAAAUAACCCUUUAAUUGAACUGCCUUAGUACCUGACCGAUUCCAAAAUUUGCUUUCACUGCUACCAAAGGUCCAGAAAAUCUCUGAAUUACAAGGUCAGAUUCAUAUGCUCCAAAAUAUAUAUAUCAAAUUGAAAAGUGUGUCUUUCAUAUAGCCUAUAGGGUAUCUGCUUUAUUUACUAAUUAUGAUGUAUUGUGCAACAGCCCCAUCAUAUUAUUACAAUGGGAUUGUUAAUGGUUUUAUUGCUUUUGUUUAGCUUAAAAUUAUGUUGUCGUAAAGAAUGUAAUAAUAAU